AUGCCGAAAAUUCCGAAGAAACCGACUAGGGUUUUGCGCAAAGAACCAAAACGCUUGAAAAAGAACAAGCGUCUCAAGCGUUGGUCUCAAGACGCAUACGCUAAUUUAGACAAGUGGCAAAAAGUGGUUUCAGAAACCGUCAUGGUUCAUAAAACCAUUGCUAAACGACCACACCCCGAUUCUAAAAUGCACGUAAACCCUUUAGAUUGCAUAGAAUAUAUGCAAAAGUACUUAAGGGAGCCUGCGUGCACGGGAGAAAGACUAGAUACUAAUGUGACUGUGGAAAUUGCAGCUGUCCUUGAACGACUGUGCUAUCGGUGUCAUCGACCGGGCCAUAAGAUACGGCGAUGUCCGUUGAAACCGGAAGAUUGCACACAGAUUGAUGAUAGUCGUGCAGGACGAGAACCGAUAUACAUUUCCAGUGCUAACGCUAACGAUAGUGCCGACCUUAAGGUAACGCACCGAGGUAUAAUCCUUGUCAAGACCUUAGACGGGGGUACCUGGGAGUUAGAGAAGGUGAUGUAUGCGAAAGAACUCUCUGAAAAUCUCUUGUCCAUACACAGACUUGUUAAGCAAAACACCACAGUUGUAUACAAGCUCGAUAAGGUAGAGGUUGUGGAUAACGCAUCCGGCAAAGUGCUGUUCGAGGGUAUAAACCAGAACAAAGGCUGGAACAUUGACCUACAGGUGUGUAAUGAAGUAAUUACUAAGGAACCUAGGAAGAGGGCGUUUAACACGGUCGAUCAUGGCUACACCAAGCCUGCAUCAGACGAACCGGACAACCCUCCUGCCAAUAUUGCUCGCGAACAUGACUACAAUCAGGCCCCAUGCCUAGAAAAACUAGAUGAAAACGGACUGAUUGAGUACAUCGAACUCGGAGCGAAAUAUUGA